CCCCUGGGAGGCUGAGCAGAGAGCCGGUCCCAGAGUAAGAAGGCAGCGCCGCGCGCGCAGCGCGGGACCGAAACCGGGCCUUGGCGGCGAUCAAGAGUCGGACUGGGGCGCACCAUCCACUCUGCGGACUGCCCGGGGUCCGCGGCGAUGGCGGUGCAGGCGGCGCUCCUCAGCACGCACCCCUUCGUGCCCUUCGGCUUCGGAGGCUCCCCGGACGGGCUGGGGAGCACCUUCGGAGCCCUGGACAAGGGCUGCUGUUUCGAGGACGAUGAGACCGGGGCGCCGGCUGGCGCGCUGCUGUCGGGAGCAGAGGGUGGGGACGUGCGCGAGGCCACCCGCGAUCUACUCAGCUUUAUCGACUCCGCGUCCAGCAACAUCAAGCUGGCGCUGGACAAGCCGGGCAAGUCGAAGAGGAAGGUGAACCACCGCAAGUACCUGCAGAAGCAGAUCAAACGCUGCAAUGGCCUCAUGGGCGCCGCGCCCCCGGGCCCACCCUCCCCCAGCGCAGCCGACGCGCCCGCUAAGCGGCCGCUUGCAGCCCCCAGCGCUUCGACCGUCGCGGCACCGGUCCACGGCAAGGCUGCCCCCCGGCGGGAGGCGUCGCAGGCCGCGGCGGCAGCCAGCCUACAAAGCCGAAGUCUGGCAGCACUUUUCGACUCGCUACGCCAUGUCUCUGGGGGCUCCGAGCCAGUGGGGGGUGCGGUGGCAGUGCCAGUGGCCGGGCUCAGCGGAGCGAGCUCUGGGGGCGCAGGAGGGGAAGCGUCCGGCCCCGCCGGGAGUACAGCGGUCCCGGGCGCAAGGAAGGUCCCACUGCGGGCCCGAAAUCUGCCCCCGUCCUUCUUCACUGAGCCGUCCCGGGCGGGCGGCGGUGGCGGGUGCGACCCGUCGGGGCCGGGCGUGAGUUUGGGCGACCUGGAGAAAGGGGCGGAGGCCGUGGAGUUCUUCGAGUUGCUGGGGUCCGACUACGGCGCCGGCACCGAGGCGGGCGUCUUGCUCGCUACGGAGCCUCUCGACGUGUUCCCCACCGGAGCCGCUGUCCUGCGCGGACCCUUGGAGCUGGAGCCUGGCCUCUUUGAGCCACCGCCGGCGAUGGUGGGGAACCUACUGUACCCCGAGCCCUGGAGCUCUCCGAGCUGUGCCCCGACCAAGAAGUCGCCCCUGCCUGCCACCCGCAGCGGCUUGACCUUGAACGAGUCCUUGCGCCCCCUGUACCCCGCCGCCGCGGACUCUUCCGGCGGGGAGGACGGGACCGGCCAUUUGGCCUCUUUCGCCCCCUUCUUCCCGGACUGCGCCCUACCGCCGCCGCCGCAUCAGGUGUCCUAUGAUUAUAGCGCAGGUUACAGCCGCACGGCUUACUCCAGCCUUUGGAGACCGGAUGGGGUUUGGGAAGGGGCUCCCGGGGAGGAGGGGGCGCACCGGGACUGACUGAGGCAUCCUUCCCUCCCAUUAGAGACUGCUGUGGGGAGCGCCCUCCUCAGGGUCUCUCCAAAGCCUGGAGAACGGUGGCAAAACGCACGUGGAGACAAAACGGGAUUUAAAAAAAUUCAAUUAAUAAAGAAAA